AUGCCUGCUCCCAGUCGAUGCGCAUACAUUGCGAUAGUUGUGGCUUUGUUCCUCUGCUUGAUUGCACUCUUCCAGACAGACACAGUAUCAUCGCCUUCAUCAUUACAUCUCGAUGAUGUGACGAAUCUGGUCUCAUCGCCAUUCUCAUCUUACAAGGAUGAGGCCCAGAACAACAGCACACAACAGGCUACCUCAGCAUCAGCGACAGUUUCAGCAUCAGUGCCUGCUGCCACCUCGAAUGUACCAAUCUCGUACGACAAGACCACUCCUCCGUCAACAGGUUGCGAGGCAGUGGUCAACGCUGCUCAACAACGAUUGAUCUCUGAGUACCAACAACUUCUCAAGGGCAUUCGCUAUGUCAAUGUUUGGGGCUACCUCGAGACCGAGAACAAGGGCGAUGCCGCCAUCUGGUCCGCUCAACAGAUCCUCCUCAGCAUGAUGGGCAUCGAGACCAUGGAAGCUUGUCGCUUCAUGGACAAGGGCUGCAACAUGACCAAGUUCACCCAAGCACUUGACGACCACAAGCCCAACUCAGCUAUCAUCAUGGCUGGCGGUGGCAACUUCAACGACUACUACUGGGAGGACCAACCCUCUAGAAUCGAGAUGAUCAAGCACUUCACCCAGGUGCCUAUCCGUGCUUUCCCUCAGAGCAUCCACAUGACCCACAACGAUCGCAUCAACCGCACAAAGGAAGCUUUCCUAUCGCACCCCAACCUACAACUCGCUGCCCGUGACGCCCCUAGCUACAAGUGGCUUGCAGAUACCUUCGAGGGCGAGAAAAUUGCUUCCCCUUCGACCGACCUCGCUGUCACUGACGGCAUCGGCAAAGGAGAGGUCAAGACGGUUCUUACACCCGACAUCGCAUUCAUGUGGGGAUCCCGUCCGGACUUCCGCAUCAACACCCCCAAGGAGUACGACGUCCUCAUCCUCGCCCGUGACGAUCAUGAGAUCUCAGCCGGCGCCUCAAAGUCCAUCCCCUUCGGCAAAGGCAACCUCGACCUCGGUGGCAGCAUCGGCAACGUCAGCUACUGGAAGGUGGACUGGAAGUUCACACCCACACCCGAGAUCGACAACAAGGAGCACCGCGAGAGCGGCAAGAACCAGCGCGCUUGGGCAAAGGCAACAGAAGGCUUUAGAAUGCUUGGAGCUGCCAACUUUGUCAUCACAGACCGUCUGCAUGGACACAUCUUGAGUACUUUGAUUGGCACGCCUCAUGUGGUCAUGGACUCGAAGUUGGGCAAGAACAUCAAUUAUCAUGAUACAUGGACGAAAGACUGUGCUUGCACAAGAGUUGCUGAGGAUAUCGAUGAGGCACAAGAAUAUGCAAAGAUGUUCUUCGAAAAGGAGAAGAACGAGGGAAGUCGUGCUUCUGGUUCCCAAGUGCCACUUCCCUCCCCUUUGUCUGCCUCUCCUGAUCUACAGUAA